AUGAAGGACGCCAAUGGAGGUGGGGAGUGUCCUUCAUCAUCCCCAUCGUCAGGGCCUGCAAAUAACGGGGCAGGGGCGCAAGACUAUGAAAACAUGACCACAGGAGAGCAGCCAUGGAACUAUCUGCAGCAUGAAUCAUUAGAGGAUAUCGAGGCCGAGAAGCCAGGCUCGCCUACAGAUGAUGAUUCUUCGAGCUCAUCAGGGUCCAUCUUCGAGGACGGACGAUCGACAUCCUCAGGACGUCCCGAGGUUACAAGAGCAGUCAGCCACGUCUGUGACGGUAUUGAAAGCCGGCAUGAUGUCGAGGCCGCCCUGCCACUUGAAAAGCAACCGACCCCGCGACACCUAGCAGACCCGAAUCUCGUAACCUGGAAUACGGAGGACCCGGAGAAUCCCAAGACUUGGGAGACACGUCAGAAAUGGGCCGCAGUAUUUGUGGUGUCGACAUUCACUUUGAUCAGUCCCGUUUCGUCUACAAUGACUGCACCGGCAUUGAACUCCAUUGCCAAUGAACUGAAAAUUACAGUCGAAUUUGAGAAGCAAUUGUCACUCUCCAUCUUCGUCCUUGCAUAUGCGAUUGGUCCACUGCUUCUAGGACCUCUGAGCGAACUGUACGGCCGCGUCAUCGUCCUCCAACUUGCGAACCUCUUCUAUCUGUUCUUCAACCUUGGUUGUGGGUUGAGUCGCACAAAAGUACAGCUCAUAGUAUUCCGGUUUCUUGCCGGGUUCGGCGGGUCUGCUCCUCUGGCCAUUGGCGGUGGAAUUCUUUCCGAUUUAUUUACCGCAGAGGAGCGAGGAAGAGCAAUGAGUAUCUAUAGUCUUGCCCCUCUUCUGGGACCUGCCAUCGGUCCCAUCGCGGGGGCUUUCAUUUCCGAAAAUACUUCGUGGAGGUGGAUCUUCUAUUCUACGACAAUAGCCGACGCUGUGAUUCAAUGCGCUGGGCUCUUCCUUCUUCGGGAAACCUACACCCCAGUGCUGCUGCGGUGGCGCAAGGAAAAGCUCAUAAAAGAGACCGGAAACAUGGACCUACACACCGACUUCGAUGACCCGGACAAGACUGUUGCCCGAACAUUGGCUACAGCUUUUGUCAGGCCAUUCCGCAUGUUAUUUACACAGCCUAUCAUCCAGGUCCUCGCUCUUUACAUGAUGUUUCUCUAUGGGAUAAUGUAUUUAAUCCUGAGCACCUUUCCGGGGCUGUGGGACUCAUAUGGGAUGAGCACUGGAAUCGGUGGGCUGAACUAUAUUGCCCUCGGCCUCGGAUUCUUCCUUGGAGCUCAAAUCUGCGCCCCCUUCCAGGACCGUAUUUAUGCCCGUCUAAAGAAGCACUACAACGUAACAGUUGGGCGCCCGGAGUUCCGAAUCCCUAUGAUGGUGCCUGGGGCCAUUGUGCUGCCCGUCGGCCUCAUCAUCUAUGGCUGGACUGCUCAAUACCGAGUUCAUUGGAUCGGGCCUGACAUCGGGGUUGUCUUGUUGUCCAUUGGAGUCAUUGUCGGUUUCCAGGCCAUCCAGGGGUUUCUGGUGGACUCUUACACGAGGUACGCUGCAAGCGCUGUGGCUGCGGCGACGGUACUGCGCAGUCUUGCUGGCUUUGGAUUCCCACUCUUCGCACCCAGCUUAUAUGCCAAGCUGGACUACGGCUGGGGUAAUACUAUGCUUGCUUUCAUUGGCAUUGCGAUCGGCUGGCCUGGGCCAAUUUUGCUCUGGAAGUAUGGGGAGAGAUUGAGGGAGAAAUCUACUUUUGCAGCGGGGCCAAGAUGA